GAGGGUGAAGGUUGGGGGAGUGACAGCCAGCCUGAGGUCUCCAGUCCGACUCCCCCGUUAACGGAGAACAAGAGGAAAAAGAAAAAGAAGAAGAGAUACGGCCUCAGAGAGGCUGCAGAGGGAGAGGAGUGGACUUUGUACUGGACCGAUUACUCUGUGUCUCUGGAUAGAGUCAUGGACAUGAAACGUUAUCAGAAAAUCAACCAUUUUCCAGGCAUGAGUGAGAUCUGCAGGAAAGAUCUGCUUGCUCGUAACCUGAAUCGCAUGUCAAAGCUCUUCCCCAAAGACUACAACAUCUUCCCCCGCACGUGGUGCCUGCCAGCCGAUUACAGUGACUUUCAGGCUUAUACCAGAGCCAAAAAGCACAAGACUUUCAUCUGCAAGCCAGAUUCAGGUUGCCAAGGCCGUGGUAUUUUUCUCACCAAGUCCAAUAAGGACAUUCAUCCAGGGGAACACAUGAUUUGCCAGGUGUAUGUAUCCAAGCCGUUCAUAAUUGAUGGGUUCAAGUUUGACCUGCGUAUCUAUGUGCUGGUGACCAGCUGCGACCCGUUCCGCAUCUUCAUGUACGAAGAGGGGCUGGCUCGGUUCUGCACCACACAGUACUGUGAGCCCACAAACAGCAAUCUGGACAACGUGUGCAUGCAUCUUACCAACUACGCCAUCAACAAGCACAGCGAGAAUUUUGUACGCGAUGAUGACACAGGCAGCAAAAGGAAAUUGUCCACCUUUAGCAAGCACCUGGAGUCUAUGUGCUAUGACACAGACAAGAUGUGGGCAGAUAUUGAAGAUGUAAUUAUUAAGACCUUGAUCUCCGCCCAUCCCAUCCUUAAACACAACUACCACACCUGCUUCCCCAACCACGCCUCAGGGAGCGCCUGCUUCGAGAUCCUCGGCUUCGACGUGCUGCUUGACCACAGGCUCAAACCCUGGCUUCUGGAGGUCAACCACUCGCCCAGCUUCACCACCGACUCACACCUGGACAGAGAGGUGAAGGACGGGCUGCUGUACGACUCCCUGGUGUUAAUUAAUCUGGGCGCCUGCGACCGACGCAAGAUCACGGAGGAAGAGAAGCGCAGAGUCAAAGAGAGGCUCCAGCAGAAUCGCUCCAGGGAGGCCAGGAGCGAGGAGUUGCGGCAGUGCCAGGCCGCCAGCAUGGAGCAGAUGCAGAAAUACGAAGACAAGCACCUGGGAGGUUUCCGACGGAUCUUCCCUCGGGAAGGUGGCGAGGUGUACGAGAAAUACUUCAAACACAGCAGCUCUCUGUUCCAGGAGACAGCUGCCUCCAAAGCCCGAGAGGAAUGUGCCAGGCAGCAGUUACAGGAGCUGCGUUUGAAGCAGGAGCAGAAGGACAGAGAGAAGAAGGGGAGCCGUAGGCGGGAUCUGCAGGGCGAAUCUGCAGGAGAGAGAGAGAGAGCUAAACCACGCAGAAUACCAGUCAUUCACCCGCAGCCCAAUUCCAGCUCACACUCUCUCACUACGGUUCCUCCCAUUUCCUCAACUACCAGAAGCGGCACGCCCGUGCUGGAGCUGUCAGAGGAAGAGGAGGAUGAGAGGGUAAGUGGGCUGAUCCAGCGAGAGAGCCUGCUGAGGGAACUGGGAGUGAUAGACCAGGUGUACAGGCUCCUACAGAACACCCAUCCUCCCACCCACCCGGCCAACCCCUCGUGUGAGCAGACCAGCAGGCUUCCGCACAACCGCCCCGAUCAGCCCAACAACAAGCUGGAGUCAUUUGCAGAGAUGUCUCGAAGGCAGAAAGCCCUCUGCACUCUGGCCGAGCGACCGGUUCACGCCGGGGCCAAAGCCUGUCUGCAGAGGGCCCAGGUCCUCCAUCAGCGGACGCUCUGGCCCUCUCUGGACCAGGGUCAGCCUCGGCUCAUCCUCAGCGAACCCUCCGUCCUCCAGCACGCCGCGUACCAGGAGACGGCCGCAGACGGCGAAGCCCAGAGCGGGAUGAGCUUCAGGAGGACGGCCAGCGCCCAGCGAAACCCGUGGACAUUCAGUCCUUGUCUUGCCGGGCGUCCGAGCUGCGUGAGCUCCUCUGUAGCCGAGUUGAGGGCUCGGGCCGCGCCUGGCGUACCGCAGCCCAUCCCUGGAAAACUGAAGUGUGCUCCUGUGUCAUCUGACCUCCAAACCCUGCAGAGCCUGUUCAUCAUCUCCACCCCUGCCCCCCUGGUCCCCCGGCCGGACGUCCCCCCCGGCCUCCGCAGGCCCUCCCGUAAAAUCCCCGCACACAAGCCGAGCCGCUGA